CAUGCAUCGAUCUCCGUGCACAACGCAACCAAUGUGAGUCUUUGAUGGCGGUGCUUGGACGUUGGAGACUGGUGCUGCUCUGGCUGUGGCCAUGCCUGGCAGCCUCGCCGAAGACUCCCAACGUGGAAGUCACCGAGAACCAAGGCUAUGCUGCUGGACAGAGCGGCGAGUACUUCAGGUACAAACACAUGUUCUACAAGAAACCCACGGAAGAGGACUUCGAGAAUGCCCAAAAAGUGGCACAGGAGGUUCGUUGCCCGGUGUGCGUCCACCUCCUUCGUUCACUGCUGAGCCGCGCGCGGUCCUACAGCGAGGAUGAUAUUGCUGACGUGUUGGAAGGAAACACAGACUACGAACGCACAGGGGAUGCAGUGGAGGACCAAAUGUUGAAACACAAGAAGGGCUGCAACAAGCACUUCAAGGACGAUUUGGUGGCUGAGGGCUUUAUGCUGAGACCAUGCAAGGAGGUGGCUCCAGAGAUCAAGAACGACACGUCCCCAUGUCUGUGGCAAAGCCCUGAGAAACCGAGCAAACAAGCAGUGGACACGUACGAGGUUUGGAAGGAAGGCGUUUUCUAUGCGUGCGAGCAAAGCAUCUCGCAUCACACGGACGCCUUGUCCGAAGCCUUGGCGGAACGCCUGCGGGGCCAGCGUGAUGUGAACCUGACAGAGGUGGCGCAGCAGGCAUGCCAGAAGGUCGCCAAGUGCGAGUCUGUGAAGAAAGCCAAGGAGGCGAAGCCGCCUCCAGCGGGUGCAGGCUCCACAUCCCAAGCCCCAAAGAAGGGCAAGGGCUCCAAAAAGGAAUUGUGAUCUGCGGAGCGUUGCAAAGAUGGCGGCCACUGGCGAAGGGAGUAAAUUCGGCGCUACUGUAUUUUUGACGGCCUGCUGGACUGAGUCUCCAAACCUGAGCUCUGCCGAUAUCUGCCGAUAGGCUAUCCCUUGCCAGUUGUGUGUGACUCACUAGAGUCAAAUUAUUGAACCUAAACUCUGAUCCUUUUCAAACGCCGUACACGAGCUCUGGAUGUACUGGUAAUGAUGCAC